UCUUACUUUCCAAAAAGAAAAGACGGCAAUGGAAAAUAUAUAAAACUCGGACUCGCUUUGCAUUUGUUCAUUGCAUGUUUCAAAGUCUUUGCGAAAUGAAGGUUCUUCUGAUUUUGGCAAUUUUUGCGCUAUCAGCUACGGCUGCUCCUUUCGAAGAAGAGGUUAACGAACAUGGUUGGCAUGUGCCGCAGAUUGAUGGUUCCUUCAUCUGGAUGACUACUAGCGAGGCUGAAAAUAUUUUGGCGAAACAUGCGAAAAUGGAAGAAAUUGCCGGACGUGCUUGGGACCUCUCCCCAAUCACUUACUACCUGUAUACCCAGUCGAAUCACUAUGAUGGACAAAUUAUUACCGCUGACAAGGACUCCAUUUCCAACUCCAACUUCAAUGCUAACCAUCCAACACGUUUCAUAAUUCACGGCUGGACUCAGGGCUAUAAAUCCGACAUGAAUACUAUGAUUCGUGAUGCUUGGCUAUCACAUGGUGAUUACAACAUUAUCGUGGUUGAUUGGGCACGUGCACGUUCUGUCGAGUAUGUCUCAUCCGUCUCUGCUGUUCCUGGUGUGGGAAAGAAAGUUGCCAGUAUGAUUGAUUACUUAGUGAGCAAUCAUGGUUUGAAUUUGGACACUCUCGAAGUGAUUGGUCACAGUUUGGGUGCUCAAGUUUCCGGUUAUGCUGCCAAGAAUGUCGGUUCCGGCAAAAUCCAUGCUAUUGUUGGUUUGGACCCUGCUUAUCCUCUCUUCAGCUACAACAAACCCAACAAACGUCUCAACUCGAAUGAUGCUCACUAUGUAGAAUCAAUUCAGACAUGUGGUGGAAAAUUAGGUUUCUUGAAACCAAUUGGCAAAGGUGCUUUCUACCCGAAUGGAGGAGAGAAACAACCAGGUUGUGGCACUGACCUGACUGGCUCCUGCAGUCAUGCGCGCUCUUGCAUCUACUAUGCUGAAGCGGUACGUGAAAAUAAUUUCCCUUCCAUGCGUUGCGGUGACUACGAAGAUGCCGUCAAGAAGGAAUGUGGUGGUACAUACAGUGGCGUGAAAAUGGGUGCCGUCUACAAUUAUGAAUUCGCAAGUGGUGACUAUUAUGUACCAGUGCGCAGCACUGCUCCUUAUGGGUUGGGUAACUAAUUGCGACUGUUGAUAUUGAAAUACCUUUUGUAUAAUAAACAAUAAAAAUGUAUUUAAAAAUUUGUGAAUCU